CAACAAAAAAAAAAGUUACUGCAAGGGAGACUCAGGAAGGAACAGCUGGCGGCGGCGGAGCAAACUCCGUUUCAAGCUGCGGUUGACAAAGUCUCCAGGAAGCCUAACCCGCAUCCCGGCCGUUGAAUCUUCGGCGCUCCGAAAUCUCCGCCGUCCGUACUCUCCUGUAACCCCCACUAUACCCUUCUCGUCUUUCCACAGUUCAUCCCGAGGGCCAAAAGGCAACGAAGACUCGAAGAAGAGAGGAACACUCGAGGGGAGACUGCUCUCUCAGCGAUCGCUCGAGGCCCUCUCAAGAUGGUGGUGCUGCAACCAGAUCGGUUCCUGAGCGAGCUGACGAGCAUGUACGAGCGGAGCACGGAGAAGGGCUCCGUGUGGGUCACCAUGAAGCGAUCGUCUCUCAAGGCCAAGGCGCAGUUGCAGAAAAUGGAGAAGAAGGGGAAGGAGGUGGAGUACCGGUGCCUUGUCCGCGCCUCCGAUGGCAAGAAGAGCAUCUCCACCUCGGUCUCUCUAAAGGAGUACGCAAAGUUCCAAGCUUCAUAUGCAACAGUGCUUAAAGCCCAUAUGCAUGCUCUGAAGAAAAGGGAGAGAAAAGACAGGAAGAAGCCCGCAGAUGCUGAGAAGGUACCCGAGACCGCACCCAAGAAGCAGAAGAAAGCGUCCUCGAAGAAAUCCUCAGGGUCCAAGUCGUAAGGCGCUUGCAGGACUCACUGUGCCUUCUGUUGUCUACAGCCAGACUAAUCUGAGUGUCGUCAAGUUUUUGUCAUCCGUUUUUAUUCGUGUUCGUGUCUGGGAGGUGAAGCCUGUGAAUACACCUCUAUAGAGCUGUGCCGUCGAUACUAGCAUUUUUGAAGAUGCGCAUUGAGGUGAAUCUGAGCCGCCAUAGUGUUUUUCUGAUUGGCAUCAAAGGAAAGACGUGCUCUUUGAAUUUCUAGAUCUGAUAAUUGAAUUUAGUUGGUGCUAUUUGCAAUGGUUCA